AUGGCUCAGUUCUAUUACAAAAGAAAUGUUAAUGCCCCCUACAGAGAUCGCAUCCCUCUGAGGAUCGUACGAGCAGAAUCAGAACUCUCACCGUCAGAAAAAGCCUACUUGAAUGCUGUGGAAAAGGGAGAUUAUGCAAGUGUCAAGAAAUCCCUAGAGGAAGCUGAAAUUUAUUUUAAAAUCAACAUUAAUUGCAUUGAUCCUCUUGGAAGAACUGCUCUCCUCAUUGCAAUUGAAAAUGAGAACUUGGAGCUCAUUGAACUACUCUUAAGCUUUAAUGUCUAUGUCGGAGAUGCUCUCUUACAUGCUAUCAGAAAAGAAGUUGUGGGAGCUGUGGAGCUGUUAUUGAACCACAAAAAGCCAAGCGGAGAAAAACAG